ACCUUGCCUGCUUUGGUUUUUGACUUGAAACUUUGAGAAAAGAAAAUUCCAAAUCAUUAAGGAAGUUCCAAUUUUACUUACUUUGGAGCAUUGGGUUUUGAUUUUUGAUUCUUUAAAAACAAGAAUUUCCAGAUCUCAUUAUCGCAGGGGGAAGCUGGUGCAAACUCAUUUCAUGGACUCACGCCUUUGUAGAUACGGUGUGAUCAGUGCUGGCUUAUCCUAUUCAACCUCUUCUUCAGCUGUUCCUUUGGUGCCUAACAGUUUGUUUAGUUCUUUAAAAUCGAACAUAGGAAACUCACCAAUCUCGUGCUUUUCAACUCAACCUGAUUGUGAUACCAACACUGCGUUGAGUGACAGCCAGGAGCGGUACAACUCCACAGAGAAUCUCUCAGGAUAUGCUUCUUGUAACUCUUCUCUUGAAUCCAGCACAUAUUUCCAUCAAUUGAGUCCCUCAGUGGACUGCAGGCGUGAAAGCUUACUGGUCCAUUCUGAUGGAACUUCUUAUAUAGAAGAUGCAAAUUCUAGCCAUGAAAUAGUAUAUACUUCGCAAGAGCUAGGGACAGCACUCAUGGCACCUGAUGGGGCCAAUGAAGUAACCAAUACACCACAGACAAAUGGCCAGCAAUACAGGGCAUCGAGUAAGGACUGCCAAGGAUCUUCCAUGUGUCAACCUCAGACAACCUUUGUUACUAACUGUAGGCAGUCAACUGAAGCUGCUCGUGUAGAGAAACGUCUGACUGCAAUAGAGGAUUUAUCUUUGCAGAGGAUUCCACCAGGGAAUCUAAAGCAGUUGUGGAUUGCAUGUGCUAAAACUCUCUCUGAAAACAAUAUCGAUAAAUUCAAUAUGUUGAUUGCAAAGGCCAGGGUUGCUGUGUCUAUCUACGGAGAACCAAUCCAGCGUCUUGGUGCUUACAUGAUGGAAGGGUUGGUAGCAAGGAAGGAGGCAUCGGGAUCUAACAUAUAUCGAUCCCUUCAUUGCCAAGAGCCGGAAGGCAAGGACUUGCUCACAUACAUGCAUACCCUGUAUGAAAUUUGCCCGUACUUGAAGUUUGGAUACAUGGCUGCCAAUGGGGCCAUUGCUGAAGCAUGCAGAACCGAAGAUCGCAUCCACAUUAUUGAUUUCCAGAUUGCUCAGGGAACACAGUGGGUGACCCUCUUGCAAGCACUUGCAGCCAGACCAGGCGGAGCUCCUUAUGUGCGGAUUACAGGAAUUGAUGAUCCUGUUUCUAAAUAUGCCCGUGGUGGUGGAUUAGAAGCUGUCGAAAGACGUUUGAUGGCACUAUCCGAGCAGUUUGGUAUUCCAGUUGAGUUCCAUGGAAUGCCAGUUUUUGCAGCAGAUAUCACAAGGGACAUGCUUGAUGUCAAGCCUGGGGAGGCUCUUGCUGUCAACUUUCCACUGCAGCUCCAUCACACCCCCGACGAGAGUGUAGAUGUGAACAAUCCCAGGGACGGGAUUCUGCGAAUGGUAAGGUCACUUUCUCCCAAGGUUAUCACCUUGGUUGAGCAAGAAUCAAACACGAACACAGCCCCUUUCCUCCCUAGGUUCAUUGAGAAUUUGGAGUACUACUUGGCAAUGUUCGAGUCCAUAGAUGAGACGAUGCCAAGACAUAGAAGGGAACGAAUUAAUGUUGAGCAGCACUGCCUGGCCAGGGAUAUCGUAAACGUCAUUGCUUGCGAGGGAAAGGAGAGGGUUGAGCGCCAUGAGCUCUUUGGUAAGUGGAAGUCUAGGCUAACAAUGGCUGGAUUCCGACCAUACCCUUUAAGCUCUUACGUCAAUUCAGUGAUGCGAGGCCUGCUAAAGUGUUACUCUAAACAUUACACAUUGGUGGAGAAAGAUGGUGCAAUGUUGUUGGGGUGGAAGGACCGGAACCUUAUAUCGGCUUCUGCUUGGUGCUGCGAUGGCUGACAUUCAUACACGUUUAUGGUAAAACCGGGAUGAGAUGGGUCAACCGGGUUGAUUUUGGGAUAUUUGCAUAAACAUCCUUAUAAUGCAAAAGGGUGACAUUUUUUGGGAAUAUUUUCCCAUACAAUCAUGCAAUCACCAUCAUUUGUUCCUAAAAUAUUUCGUGUCCUUUGUUCAUUCUUUUAAUAGAAUUUGAUGUACCAUUUGAUGCAAGUAUGUAUAAGCAUAUUAAGGGAUUCAUUCUAUUUCUUUGUUA